AUGGACUGCGAAGAAUUGAUUCUAUUGAUUGAGCAAUGCUACGAGCGCUUGUGCCGAAAAAGAAGAAUGCUGUGUUGGAAUGUUUCUGGGCUUUUGUGUACUAGGUCAACUGAAGUGAUUAACUUGAUUAGAAACUCUUUACUGAGUAUGGAGUCGCCGACAGCAAGAGAUAUGCGAGUUGCCAGCUUUUCCCUUCUAGUUAGUGGGACAGUAAAAGGUUUCAGCAUUGACGAUCCAUUGGGUAUUUUGGGUUCCUUGUUAGCGUGUAGGGUUUUUUCAACAUUACGCAAUUUUUUAAACGACGAGCAACGUCCUUUUUUCUCCAGAGAAAUAUAUUGCAAGCUGUGGCAGAGAUAA